CCUUGAAUCAGUAAAGAAAUUGCUUCUCAGCUAGUGGAUAUCAAGAAUAUGAAAGUGACCUGACCUCCCCCUAUAAAUCUCAAGAACCCAUUAAUUAAUAACAGGAAAGUCGAUUACUUUUCUGAAUUUCUUGAGAGGGAUAGAGCGAGAUGUCAAGGAGAUCUGGGAAUUGCAUAAGGUGCUGCUUGGUGAUCUUUGCUGUGGUUUCAGCUCUGUGUGUGUCUGGGCCUGCCCUUUACUGGAAAUUCAACAAAGCUCUAAAGAUCAAAUCCUCUUGCCCUCCUUGCAAAUGUGACUGCUCUCCACCUCUUUCCAUUCUAGAUGUUGCUCCUGGUCUGGCGAACCUCACAGUUAAAGACUGUGGGAAGGACAACCCGGAUCUCAGGGACGAGAUGGAGAAGCAGUACGUAGAUUUGGUGUCGGAGGAGCUAAAGCUGCAAGAAACAGUGGACAUAGAGCGCGCCCGGCGCAUGAACAUCACAGUCACGGAAGCCAGAAGGUUGGCUUUGGAGUACCAGCAGGAGGCCGAGAAGUGUAAUACGGCAACCGAAACAUGUGAGGUGCGAAGAGAGGGAGCCCAAGUUUUGCUGGCCAAGGAGAAGAAGUUGUCUGCUCUGUGGGAGAAAAGGGCACGCCAAUUGGGCUGGUCUGGGAAUCAACACUAGACUAGACUAUCUUUGGUUUUGGUUUUAUUGUUUUUGGUUUUAAUUACAUGAAGGGUGUUUGUUUACUUGUAUGUAGUGAUUUAAGUGCAUAGAAUUGUAGAACAUUUAUUUCUUUAAUCAUUGAGGCAUUAUAUGAGAAAUCCAAAUGUAUGUACAUCUGUGUCAUUUUUACAGUUUUUAAAUGAAUACUCCCUCCGUCC